CGCCGCGGUGAACCGCCCAUUUUUGCGACGCCGACUCGCUCUAUCGAUCGAACACGAAUGCGAAAAGGCCUUGGUGACGAUAAGGCCGCAAGGAACACACACCACUACCCCUCCUUCUGUCUCCGAGUAGAUGCCCAUAAGCCAGGCCGACGCCGCGAUGUCGAACGGCCAGGAUGUUCACGCCCACCCGCCGGCGACGUCCCUGAAGAAGGGCAAGCAGAAGAAGGCUGUUGACUCGAACGAGUCGGCGAAGCUGCUCGCGCAGCGUAUUACGCAGUUGGAACAGGAGUCGGCCGGAGAGAAGGACCAGGAAGCUGAGAUUGAACGUGAGGUCAAGCGUGCGAACCGCGAUCUGGCCCAGCAGGUGGCUAAAAUGAGCGAUCUACAAAAGAUCGAACACCUGACCCGACGUUCCAGCGAGCUGCUGGCCGACAUGCGUCGUGUUGAGCGAGAGAAUCAGAAAAACAAGAAGCGUGGUGACGCCCUGCAGAAGGAGAAGGACGCGAAUCGCACUGAGCUCAGCAAGACGGUCGGCUUAAAGGAGAAGCUCGAGAAGCUCUGCCGGGAGUUACAGCGGGACAACAACAAGUACAAGAACGAAAACAAGACCCUCCAAGACAAUCUCAAGCACAAUAACUCGGCCUACGACGAGAAGCACGCGGCUCUCCUGGCGAAGCUUGAGGGAAUUCAAGAAGAGAAGGAUCAUCCGCGGAAGCAGGUGGUUGAUAUGAGCGUCGAUACCCUAUUCCGCAACCGUUUCAAAUCCUUCAUCGAGCAGUACGAGUUGCGAGAAUUGCACUUCCACUCUCUGAUGCGCACCAAGGAGCUGGAAGUGCAAUAUAAUAUGGCGCGCUAUGAACGCGAGAAGAAACUGGCCGAGGCCGAAGCGACCAGAGCCCGGAAUCUCCAAAAUCAGGUGCAGACUUUCACAAAGACUGAGACUGAGCUUAGGAAUCAACUCAAUGUCUACGUUGAUAAGUUCAAGCAGGUUGAGGACACGCUCAAUAACAGUAAUGAUCUCUUUCUGACGUUUCGGAAGGAAAUGGAGGAUAUGUCUAAGAAGACGAAGCGUUUGGAGAAGGAGAACGAAACGAUGAAGCGUAAGCAUGAAGCCACGAAUGCAAACAUCAUUCGAAUGGCCGAGGAGCGUGAGGACUGGCGUAAAAAGGCCGCAGAGGCGACGAAGCGGGCCGAGAAACUGCGUAGCAUUAUCGAGCAGAUGCAGCAGCAGGGUCGCAAGGUCCCGCCUGGAAUGGCGGCGACACUGGAGAGUUGCUACUCGGACAGCAACGGCCACAUGGACGGCGACGGCAGCGACUACUCGGACGACGAGGAGGUCGAGGACGACCCAAGCGAGUUCGACGAGGACACUGAGGAGGAGCCUCAACCCGCAGACGCAGAGCCGCCCCGGCCGUACGGUCCGGAGCGGCCGCCGGCACCCCAAGCUACAACGAAUGGUCACUAGGAAUCCGGACGGAGGAAGUCAGGGAUCAGCAUCACGGGCGUUUCUUCGUCCACGAGUGAGAAGGCCUCUUUGUCGCAGGGCCAGCCGAAGCCACAAAUGACCCUUCGGCAGAGAUCCGCGCGUGUUCUUUCACGUGUUUCGCACUUCUGCCGAAGCAAGCUGAGUGUGCUUGUGUCAACAUUCACUUAGAGCAUCUUUGUGCGACUGCAUGCAUUCUUUGGUUCACCUCCUGAUCGAUGUGGCU